CAAACCGCAAACCGCAAACCACAACCCGCAACCCGCAACCCGCUAUCCGCACCAUACCACACAGCACAUGUGCAUUCUAUCCCGUAUCCAUAUCUUCUUGUCUUACACACUCGAGAGAUCUCACACACAUACCCUCUCUCUCUCUCUUUCUCUCUCUCUCUCCUCUAGCACUCCAGCAGAGCUUCUCAUUAACUAGGUAUCUCGGCAUUCCACUCUUCUUGUAAUUCUAGACCCCACGCCCCACACAUCUGGACUUUCGCAUCGAACCCACGGCGCAUCCUCGUCUUUACGUAGCUUCGACGGCCUACCCCUGGAAGAAUAAGCAACCUCGACGCUGUUCCAGCAGCAGGGUGGUUAUUAGACCAGUUAUCUCGGUGAGGAAGUACGACUCACUUCUCUGUGAAAUAUCGAGGUGUGGUGGAAGAGGUUGAGUCGUCUUCAAAUACUUUCAACCGUUAGCGAAGAAAAAGAAACCCCCACGCCGAAUUCUUCCAAAGUCUGCUCGACGAACUAUAAUAGGACUUGGGAGCUGCGUCGUCGUAAUCGUCACGUACUGGGUAAUCGGAAAUCCCGAUGUUGAAUUGAAACUUUCAGCGUUUAAUCCGCAGAGACGCGGCCAAAAUCAGCUAUAUGAAUUCCCUCGAAGUGAUUUUCGGCGAGCUAGGCAUUACUCAGUAUCUCGAUGCCUUCAUCGACCAGGGCUUCGAUUCUUGGGAUACUAUUCUCGAUAUCACCGAGUCUGACCUAGACGCACUUGGCGUUAAGCUCGGCCAUCGAAGAAAACUCCAGCGUCGUAUAGCGAAUUAUCGUGGUGUUGCGCCAGAAGCAUCCUUAGUGUCGCCUACAUGCACGAGUAUUGAAGAUGCCAGGAUCGAUUCGAACCGGACGGAAUCUGUCAAGUUGGAAAAACCAGACGGGACAGCCGUCGCGAAGCGCAAAUACAGACGCCAUCCCAAGCCAGAUGAAAAUGCACCGGAGCGCCCCCCAUCGGCGUAUGUAUUAUUUUCGAAUAAAAUGCGAGAAGAUCUGAAGGGGCAAAACUUGACCUUCACGGAGAUCGCUAAAUUAGUCGGUGAAAAUUGGCAAAAUCUGAACCGCGACGAAAAAGAGCCGUUUGAAAGACAGGCACAUGAGGCCAAGGAGAGAUACAACCGUGAGCUAGCAGAGUAUAAAAAAACAACCGAGUAUAGAAAGUACUACGACUACUUGCAUGAAUUCCGUAAAAGACAAGCGACCCAAUUACAAGAAAAAGACGUUUCCAAACGUCUAAAGUUAGACUCUGAUAGUAUUCGUGGUAGUAGUACCAGCGGUGGUUCGGCCGGGGCAAGUGGCACGACCAGUGGAACAGUCAGUGGCUCUGACAGCCAACCCGGCAGCGAGCCGCCUCCUACACGCCAACAGAGGCUAGGUUCUUCAACAUCAACUGUCGAUAGUAGCUUCUCUCCUGGCCUGAGCAGCAUACACCACGGGGACGAGUUACAUUCGCCUAGAACACUCUCGUUUGACGAACCGAGUAGCGGGCGGUCGCGUGGAUUAUCUAGCCCCACUUCCCGUGACAACUCUUCUCACCAUUCAGGCCGUCGAUCCGGAUGGGCCGACGGUCAACGGAUUUAUGGAGAACCAUCCGGUGCGCCGGUUUCUUGGUUCGACCCGAGAGGUAUUCAAGGAACCUUGGUACAUUCCCCCGAUAAUGUUUUAUCUGGCUCCGUCUCAAGUCAUGGUCUAAACAAUAUAUCCGGCCGUAUUUCGAGAUCCGGAUCAAGUUCAAUGUCGCGACCGCCAUCUUUGAAAACCGAGCAGUCUUCAACAGGUAGUAUAAGCUCGCUCAAUUCCUACAAUAUCCCGAGAACUCCUAGCGAUGCAUCACUGCCGAUACACGCUCUAUUAUCAUCCAAGCCGGAGCCAGCCUAUCCUUCACGUCUACCUCCACCGGCCCCACAAUCGCAGCUACCGAUAAUUCAACCACAAUCUGGUCGUCCAUUAGGCGACCAAUCAAGCAGUAAUGGUAUCGAUCAUGAUAAAGGAUUUCCAGGCCAUACUAUUCCAAAAUAUUCAACACUAGGCUUUCAGAAAGAUGCCGGUUUUGGUACGCCGGUCGAACCAAAGUUAACUGCUACUUCGAAGUUGGGUAGCCUAAGCGAUACUGGUCUUGACGGUAUUAGUGCCUUGCUCAAGGCACGGGAGAUCGUCGAUCGACGAUAAAAAGGGGGGGAAGGGGGAAAACGGGCGCAAUCUGUUGCCCUGUCUUAUUUUCCCUGGCGUGGACAUCUGCACUAACCAUAUUUGCAUACUAAGGAUUGACGGAGUAUGGUAUUUACGAUAUUUUGACAUUUAUGACUGAAAUUACUUGGAUGGAAACGAGCGUUCGGAAAUCGCAAUACGACAUGAUACUCAAUGGUGACCAUCAAUAGUCGCUACUCGGGUUCUCCAGGAUUUGCUAUUUUCCCUCUUCAUAUCCUUGGAGGUUCUAACGAGCGGCAACUGCGAGACUGCAAAGUUAAUUAGCUGAAUACCCAUUUUCUAUCCCUGUGAAAAUCUCGAGGCACAGCUGGUUUCGAAAGGAAGAUUUCCACGUUUUAUACGAGUUACAUGAUUAGAUGUGACUACUAGUACUUAUUAUCGUCGCUAUAAGACUUUACAUAUAGGAGUUUCUUUUUCUUUUUUUCCCUUUUGGGAACUGUUAUCAGGUGGCGCUCUUACGAAAGAGAAAUGACAAAAAUUCGGGCGUUGAGGUGUCUCGGUCUUGUUUCAUCCUAUACCUUACUAUGUUUAUAUUUCUCGCUGUGGGCGAAAUGUUCAACGGCCGACGGAUAACCUGCGAUCUGGGAAGCUGCUACCGGUCGCUUUGUGUACGUUGUACGGUUGUCUUCGC